AAUGCCAAUUCAAGAAAUCAAGUCAGGAGAGGAGGUUGCUGCGUUCAUUAAGGAACCAUCUCCAGCUGUUCUUCAUUUCUACGCAUCGUGGGCUCCAAGCUGUGAGCAAGUUAAUCAGCUACUGGAUGAUUUGCUCGCUGAAAUUGCUCUGCCGCUUCGUGCCGCCUUCAUUGACGCUGAAGCUUUGCCCGGAAUUUCGUUGAAUUUCAAGAUUACUGCUGCGCCGACGCUUGUAUUUUUUAGUAAUGGCAAAGAAGUCGACAGAAUCGAUGGCUUCGUGCCAAAAGAGAUCCAAUCAAAAGUUGUUCUUGUUGCCAGCCGAUCCCUUUCCCAGAGCUCAUCGGAUGCUUCAUCUACAACCUCUUCCACACCUUCACUGACUCCACAACAAGAAAAGGAAGCUCUAAAUGCCAGAUUGGGUGCGCUGGUCAAUUCUCAAAAAGUCAUGGUUUUCAUGAAAGGAGAUCCAUCGGCGCCACGUUGUGGUUUCUCGAGAACUAUUGUCGAACUUUUAAAUUCACAUAAAAUCAAAUUCGGAUCCUUCGACAUUUUCUCGGAUGAAGCAGUUCGCCAAGGAUUAAAGGAAUACUCGAAUUGGCCAACUUAUCCUCAACUCUAUUUCGAUGGAGAAUUGAUUGGAGGGCUUGAUGUCGUCAAGGAGGAGUUUUCAGAUCCACAAUUUAUCAAGCAACUUCCGAAAGUUGGAGAAAAUAGUGAGGGGGGAUCACUUGAAGAUCGACUCAAAAAGCUUGUCUCAUCGCAAAGAUUGAUGCUAUUUAUGAAAGGAGAUCGGGAGACACCAAAGUGCGGAUUUUCACGAACUAUCGUUGAUUUGUUGAACAAGGCUCGUGCUGAUUAUCAUACUUUUGAUAUCUUGGAGGAUGAGGAAGUCAGGCAAGGGCUUAAGAAAUUCUCCAAUUGGCCAACUUAUCCACAGCUCUAUCUCGACGGAGAGCUCGUCGGAGGGCUUGAUGUCGUCAAGGAAGAGCUCUUGGAUACGCAUUUCCUUCGUCAGAUUCCAAGAAUUAGAAAUGAUUAAUUAAUUCCAUUCCACGCUACUUGUCUUCUUGAUAUAUUCCCCGGAAACCCCCCGUUAAUUGCCUUUCAAAUUACUUUAUGUGUGUGUAAACUAUUUUAUUGUCCAUAUGAAAUAGUACAGAGAU